AUGAAGAAAGCUGAGCUUGUGUUCAUCCCUCCACCAGUUUCAGGCCACCUGGUUCCCCAAAUUGAGUUUGCAAAACGCUUGUUAGAUCGAGGUGAUCGUUUCUCAGUCACUGUUCUUCUCAUGCAUUCUCCUACUAUCACUUCUCUUGCAUCUGCGUACACCAAAUCUUUUGCAGAAUCUAAUACUCCAAUAAGGCUCAUCAAUCUUCCUCCUCCUGUACACUUCUCUCCUUCACAGGAGCUUCGUAAAUCUAUUGAAAAGUUUAUAACUGAGGUCGUAGAUUAUCAUAAAGCCUGUGUUAAAGAAGUCGUUGUCAAGGACGUUCUUUCAAACUCUAACUUAGCUCCACUUGCUGGGUUGGUGAUAGAUUUCUUCUGUACAUCGAUGAUAGAUGUGGCAAAUGAACUUGGUGUUCCUUCUUAUUUGUUCUUUACUUCUAAUGCAGCUUUUCUUGGUCUCUUGAUGUACCUUCCAACUCGACAUGCUGAUGGCAGAGAAUUUGAAGAGUUUGAUGGUGAGAUUGUGAUUCCUAGUUAUGUUAAUCCAGUUCCAAGCAGUGGUCUGCCUGAAGUUUUGUUAAACAAGUAUGGUGGCUACACGACAUUUAUGAACCUUGGAAGAAGACUCAAGGAGACCAAAGGGAUUAUUGUGAACACAUUUGAGGAGCUGGAGUCUCAUGCGGUGAAGAGUUUGAUGAAUGAUUUUGUUAAUGUGCCUCCUGUUUACACAGUUGGACCGGUGAUUGAUCUAAAGGGAAAGAGUAAUAAUAAGUUAGACUCAGAUGAGAUCAUGAAAUGGCUUGAUGAUCAACCUGAUUCAUCAGUUGUGUUGAUGUAG